AUGACAACCCCAACCCAACAAUACGACACCAUCCAAGCCCCCUACGACUACAUCCGCACCGCCUCCAUCGCUCUCAUCGAGCGCGAAAACGUCCAUACCGCACUCACACCCUACAUUCAAUCUGCGCGAAUCCUCGAGCUCGCAUGCGGCACCGGUUUCUACACAUAUAGUUUUCUCGACUGGGGCGCCUCCUCCGUAGUCGGCGUCGAUAUAUCCCGCAUCAUGAUCGAGUCUGCGCUUCAAAUUGGAAAGGGCACUGGACACGAAAACCAAGUGUCGUUCCUCCAGGCUGAUUGUGCGGUUCCGAGUGUUUAUGCUGGGGCUCCGUUUGAUAUUGUGUUUGGAGCGUGGUUAUUGAAUUAUGCGGCUGAUAGGAGGGGGUUGGUGGAUAUGUUUCGGAAUGUGGCGGGGAAUUUGAGGGAGGGAGGGAGGUUUGUGGGGGUUACGGUGCCCCCGGCGGAGAGGCCGAAGGAGGCUGUGGUUGGGGAGGCGGAUAUCAGACCGUUGAGUGAGGGGGGGAGUGGGUAUUUGGUGUAUGAGUGCAUGGAGGAUGUGGAGGAGGGGGUAAAGUUUCGGGUGCGGGGGGAGACGCCGGGGGGAAAUUUCGCGUUCGAGUGUUUUCAUUUAGAGAAGAGGGUCUACGAGGAGGCGGCGAGGGAGGCGGGGUUGAUGGGGAGGUUGGAGUGGGGGGUUACGAAGGUGCCGGAGAGGUGGUUGAGGGGGGAGGGGAGGGGGGUGCAGGGUUGA